GGCAGUUGGGGGACCCUGGCUCCCGUGCGGGAUUCCCCGGAGGAGGCGCGCCAGGCCCGGGGAGGGGCGCGAUUUCCUCCCGGCUCACCCCCUCUCCGCCCGCCCACCCCGCGGCCGCCGCUUCGGGGCGGGCAGGGGAGGAAGUGGAGGCCGGUGGCGGCGGCUCCGCGGCGUCCCCUCCCCCCGCGCAGUUUAUAACCCGUCCAUUGUGCGCCGCUGCCCGUGUGUGUCUCCCUCCAGCGCGACCAUGCCCAGGAAGAAGGCGGCGGCGGCCUGGGAGGAGCCCAGCUCGGGCAACGGCACGGCCCGCGCCGGGCCCAGGAAGCGCGGCGGCCCCGCCGGCAGGAAGCGCGAGCGCCCCGAGCGCUGCAGCAGCAGCAGCGGCGGCGGCAGCAGCGGCGACGAGGACGGCCUGGAGCUCGACGGGGCGCCGGGCGGGGGCAAGCGCGCGGCGCGGCCGGCGGCGGCCCCCAAGGCGGGCGGCGCGGCGGUGGUCAUCACCGAGCCCGAGCACACCAAGGAGCGCGUCAAAAUUGAAGGGUCUAAGUGCAAAGGGCAGCUUUUGAUUUUUGGGGCAACGAACUGGGACUUGAUUGGUCGGAAAGAAGUGCCUAAGCAGCAAGCUGCCUACCGCAAUCUGGGUCAGAAUUUGUGGGGGCCCCACAGGUACGGGUGCCUGGCGGGGGUCCGGGUGCGGACGGUGGUGUCGGGGUCGUGCGCUGCCCACAGCCUCCUCAUCACCACAGAAGGGAAGCUGUGGAGCUGGGGCCGGAACGAGAAGGGGCAGCUGGGACAUGGCGACACCAAGAGGGUGGAAGCCCCCAGGCUCAUCGAGGCGCUCAGCCACGAAGCCAUCGUGUCGGCGGCCUGCGGGCGGAACCACACCCUGGCCUUGACCGAGACGGGCUCCGUGUUCGCAUUUGGAGAGAACAAGAUGGGGCAGCUGGGCCUGGGCAACCAGACGGACGCGGUCCCGAGCCCCGCACAGAUAAUGUACAAUGGCCAGCCAAUUACUAAAAUGGCCUGUGGGGCCGAAUUCAGCAUGAUAAUGGAUUGCAAGGGAAACCUCUAUUCCUUUGGGUGCCCUGAAUACGGUCAGCUGGGACACAACUCGGACGGGAAGUUCAUCGCCCGCGCGCAGCGGAUAGAGUAUGACUGCGAGCUGGUGCCCCGGCGAGUGGCCAUCUUCAUCGAGAAGACGAAAGACGGGCAGAUCCUGCCCGUCCCCAACGUGGUCGUACGAGAUGUGGCGUGUGGCGCCAACCACACGCUGGUCCUUGACUCCCAGAAGCGUGUCUUCUCCUGGGGCUUCGGCGGCUACGGCCGGCUGGGCCACGCCGAGCAGAAGGACGAGAUGGUUCCCCGCCUGGUGAAGCUGUUCGACUUCCCCGGGCGCGGGGCGACCCAGAUCUACGCCGGCUACACCUGCUCCUUCGCCGUCAGCGAAGUGGGUGGCCUGUUUUUCUGGGGGGCCACCAACACUUCGCGGGAGUCCACCAUGUACCCGAAGACCGUGCAGGACCUCUGUGGCUGGAGGAUCCGGAGCCUGGCUUGUGGGGCUACGGGGACCACAAGCCCAAGUCUUCCACCGCCGCGCAGGAGGUGAAGACGCUGGACGGCAUUUUCACGGAGCAGGUUGCCAUGGGCUACUCGCACUCCCUGGUGAUCGCGAGAGACGAGAGUGAGACUGAGAAAGAGAAGAUCAAGAAGCUGCCAGAGUAUAACCCGCGCACCCUCUGACUGCCCGGGGCCUCCGCCCCCUCUCGCGGCAGCUGUCAUUUCCACGUGCACCGGGACGGAAGUCCGACGAGGAAUUUAAACAAGUCGACCAGAGGUGCAUUUUUGUUAGACUCCCUGAGGUUCCGUUUAGAAGUGAUUCAACAUCAACUACCUUUUCUGUAUGCUUUCCAAAGUGUUUUUUUUCCUCCAUGUUUGAUUAAAAUAUUUGCUCAUAGUUGACUUACCAUUCCUACAAGAGGCAGAAACUUUGAGCAACCAGGAUUUUUUUUAAGUUUUUCUCUACCCCACCCCCUCAAUACUCUUCUCAACGCUCUCUCCUUUCCAUUGUAAUUAGCAUUGUGAUCGGAGUGGGUGCCACCUGGGGAGGAUCGCCAUUUGCUCAGAAAACAGUGCCCCUCGCGGGCAGCAUUGUUGGCAAAGGGGGUCCCUGGUGGUCCUCUCCAUCCGAAACCAGGCCCGCGUGCUUAGGAAGCACCUGGGUCCCUUCCUUCCCGGGUCCCGUGUCCUCCCCGCAGCUGCUUGUAAGCCCUGCCUCUUGGCUGCGACAUUAAUAGAACCUGCCGUCUCCCCCCUGGUGGGGGCUCCGGGGCAUGUUUAGCCAUUUAUAUCUACUUUAUCUGUACAUGACGUCCAAGUGACAAAUCAGGUGACCGUGGAACCAAGCGGCUCCGGGGCGUCCGCCGUGGGGACACUGUAUCUGGUUCAAGAACCAGCGUUAAGGUUCCUCUGAGGGGCCAGGGCCGCCUCGCAGCGCUCGCCGUUAGAGAUUGAUCUGCCAGCCGAGAAAAGUGCAUUCUGAGUCCUUGCAAAGGACCCGCCCUAUGUACCAGCCUUUAGCGCCUUCGUGCUUGUUUUUAUCACCCCCGCCCCCGCCCCCACCCCCGCCGCUGGUUCAGCUGCCACAGCCCCGGCUGUGUCUGAGACUCGGGUUCCAGUUCUGCUAACCCAGUCCUGGUCACGUUGGCCGGGCUGGGGUACCAAAUAGAUGGGAUCGUGCAGAAGUCCCGUCCCCGCGUGUCAGCGCAGACACAGACUGCCAGCUGCCUCCCGCCAGGCGCCCUGUGCCAGCUCGUCCUGCGGUGGCCGCUCUGCGUGAGCGACGAGGUGCCUUUCCCGGAUCCCUCCUCUCCCUGGGACCCAUGAGAGGCGACCGCGCUGCCUGGGGCUCUUGGCCUCGAGAGGGUCUGGACUGGUUUGGGUGCUUUAAAUAGACUUUUUAGUUCAGUGGUGCUUCUGGGGGAGAGGGGGAUAGAAUUCAGCGUGAGACUCGGGUGGAUGGGAAAGUUAAAUAUGGUCUUUGAUUUUGUUUUGCUAUUGUUACCACUUGUCAUUGUCUUGAUGUUAAAAUGCCAAAAAUGAUCCUGUUGUUGCUUUUCCCCUGCUUGUCCUCCACUCCUCGCGGUGGCGUCUGCCCUCCCUGGGCCUGGGUCUGUCCUGCCCGGCAUGAGGAGCCGGCCUACAGCCAAGACUCGGUCUCACUUCCUGCUCAUCCCCGCUGUCCUGGGCUCAGCCAGUCCUGGGGAGAAGCUUCUGCUAAACUAACCCAAUUUGUCCAAAUCACCCCCGAAACCACCAUCUUUAACUUGAGCUUCCUCACGUAGAACCCAUUUCCCUGACAAGUCUCUCUCGGAGCAGGUUCGAUGCCCGUGUUCCUCAGACGCGCACAGCUCCCCUCAGGCCUGUAGGCACUGAGUGCGGGAGCAGAGCCUGGUCCGGGCUGCAGGAGCCGCCCUCGGCCACGCAGGGCUUCCACCAACCCCCGGACUGAGCUGAGGCCGCCCAGCCCAUGCUAGUGCCCUUGCAGGGACGGCAGGAAAGGGGCUACCUUCCCAGUGGAGGCUGCCCGCUGCUCUCCCACAAUCACUCCUUUGGCUGAGUUUAAGGUGAACUCCCUAACGGGGUCCCCUGAAGAGCAGGAGGAGGGCGGUCCCUGCUCCAGGAGGAAGGGAUGUGGCUUGGCGAGUGCUUGGCGCUGACCCUGGGCGUUGCCAUGUCUUCCAGCGCAGGAAGGAGACCUCGGAAGAGGCUUAGAGAGAAGGGGAGCCUGGGAGGGUGAUUUGGUCGAAGGUGCCUGGUUUAGUGCUGUAAUUGUCUUAUUUUUUUUAUAUAUAUUUCUUGGAGUAAACAUUUUAAAUAAACGACAUCAUUGUUUACUCUG